AAAAAUUUCACUGAACAAGCAGGUAAAGAAGAGAAGCUGGAGGAGAGCUACUAUAUGGGACAAUAUAAAGAUAACUGCAACUAAACUACUUUAUGCAAGUCGUAGUAGAUUAGCAGUACACAAGUUUGAACUAAAAGAAGUUUCUUAUUAGAAAAUCCUCCCAAGGUUUGUAUAUGAAGAGGUUCCAAUGGAUCACAUUACACACAUGAAAAUGAGGAAGGAAACCCAGUAUAAGAAAGCAGAAGAACAUUUGCUUCCCAUGAUCUUUAGGAGCUGUUCUAAUGACUGCCUCUAUCAGAAGACACGGAGCCAAGGAGCCUCCCCAACAAAGCUAACACUGGAAACCAUGAACACCACUGUGAUGAAGAGCUCCAACGGGUCAGAGCGGUGCCCCAGGGACACGCAGAUAACACAGCUGGUGUUCCCAGCCCUCUACACCGUCGUGUUCUUCACCGGCAUCCUGCUGAAUACCUUGGCCUUGUGGGUGUUUGUUCACAUCCCAAGCUCCUCCACGUUCAUUGUCUACCUCAAAAACACUUUGGUGGCUGACUUGAUAAUGACACUCACGCUUCCAUUUAAAAUCCUCUCCGACUCCCACCUUGGACCCUGGCAACUUAGAGCCUUCGUGUGUCGCUUCUCGGCCGUCAUCUUUUAUGAGACCAUGUAUGUGGGCAUCAUCCUGCUGGGCCUCGUCGCUUUUGACAGAUUCCUGAAGAUCAUCAGACCUUUUGGGAAAUUUUGUGUACAAAAACCUGUGUUUGCAAAAACGGUCUCAACCCUCAUCUGGUUUCUUCUGUUCUUCAUCUCUCUGCCAAAUAUCAUCUUAAGCAACAAGGAGGCCACACCGUCGUCUGUGAAAAAGUGUGCCUCCUUAAAAGGUCCCCUGGGGCUGAAAUGGCAUCAAGGCGUGAAUUACGUAUGCCAGUUCAUUUUCUGGACUGUUUUUGUCCUAAUGCUUCUGUUUUAUGUGGUGAUUGCAAAAAAAGUAUACAAUUCCUAUAGAAAGUCAAAAAGUAAGGACAGCAAAAAAACCAAAAGGCUGGAAGGUAAAGUAUUUAUUGUCGUGGCUGUCUUCUUUGUGUGCUUUGCUCCGUUUCAUUUUGCCAGAGUUCCAUAUACUCACAGUCAAACCAACAGUAAGACUGACUGCAAAUUGCAAAAUCAACUGUUUAUAGCUAAAGAAACAACUCUCUUUUUGGCAGCAACUAACAUUUGCAUGGAUCCCUUAAUAUAUAUAUUUUUAUGUAAAAAAUUCACAAGCAGGUUAUUCUGUAUGAGAGGGAGAAAGAUCACAGCAUCAACCCAAGAAAAUCAUACUAGUCAGACAGACAAUAUAACCCUAAAUUGACAACUUUAUCAUGGUUAACUUCUACUUAUGGACAAGACUUCGAAAGACAAUUUAUUGAAAGUUAAGAUUUAAGUAAUGACAAAAAAAAAAAGAGAUGGAAACAAAUGUUUUCUUGUAGUUUAUUAUCUUGGUAUAUGGAAAGGGUUAUAUAAAUUUUAAUUCCACCUAGAUCUAUUCAUAAACAAGAUGAAGUAUGAAUAGAAUGCAACAGAAAGCUAACGGCCACUAGAGGUCCUCUUUUCGAGAACUUUCACUUAAAUUUUGGAAAAGAUUUAUUAUGCAUAAAUGUAGUCCUAAAAACCCCUCUCCAAAACACCUUCUCACAUUCUUUUACACACAUAACACAAACAACACUAUUCCUUAGUAUCCCACAAAUGUUAAUACUUGGGCUGAUAAAAAGAUAAAUAGCUAAAACACCUUGAAAGUCCUUUGGUAAAACAAAGCUGAAGUUAGGGGUUGAAAGGGAUGCUAGAUAUGAAACGUCUGGGGAGCUGAAGGCAGUCAGAAAGCCCUCUGGAAACCCAGAUGAAAGCGCCUUUUCCAUAUUACUGCAUCACACCACAGGAGGCACAAGCACCAUUAUUAAGCCACAUAAAAUACUGUACUAUAAUACUUUGCUUACACCCUAACAGUGGACAAUUCAAGGCUAAGAAUACUGUACUGGUCUCCUUUGGAAUUCUCCCUCUGCCCAGCAAAUACUCUAAUAAUGGUUACACAUGCCACCUACUCAGCAACGCCUUCCUGGGCCACCACCUCUAUUCUCUUGCCUCACACCUCUGGCUGAAAAUAAUUACUUCUCCCACUGUUUGGGUAUGUAGUAGGGCCCUCACUUUGUAGAUUUCCCUUGACUAGUUCGCUGUAUUCUUUUUUUUUUUUAAGAUUUUUAUUAGGGAAUUGGGGGAAGGGGAACAGACAAGUUGCUGUCCU